GCCCCUCAAACCCUAUUCAUACUCCUCAAAAUCCUCCUCCUCCUCCUCCCCUCCUCCUCCUCCUCCAACGCUGCUGCCACCCACACAGACCCAGCCUGGAAGAAGACCUGCCAUCUGAGUGUACGGUCGGUCCCUCCCCUCAAUAGGAUUACAAAAAACUUUCAGCCAUGCCUGUGAGAACACCUGCUCCCAUUACUAAGAGGAAAAAGCCCUCCAAAGUCAUCAUUGACCUAUCAAAAAUCAGUCAGGAUGAGUAUGAGAUAGUGCCAAACAUAUCCGAGUUCGACUUGGGAAGAAAGAUCGGGACACCCAAGGACAUCAUGCUAGAGGAGCUGUCGCUGCUCAAGAACAAAGGCUCCAAGAUGUUCAAGAUGAGGCAGCAGCGGGUGGAGAAGUUCAUCUACGAGAACAACCCCGACAUCUUCUGUGGUGACUCUAUGGACAACCUGCAGGGGUUUGUCCCCUCACUGAGUGGUCACACGGGGAGUCAGACGAUAAAUCUGGGCGGGCAUUUGCUCAGCAAGGACGUAGGGCAGCUGCAUUAUGGAGUGUUUCAGUACGGAGGUGGGGCCCCUGUGCCUCCUCCGAAGCCUGGAAGCAAGGGUGGAGUCGCAGCAGUUGAUGGAGGAACGGGUGGUGCAGGGGGACAAGGUGAAGGCCAGCUUGGGAAAGAUGGAAAAGAAGACAAAUCUAAUGAGGGUUCUCUACUGACAGGUGGUGGAAAAGAUGACGCAUCCAAAAAGAUGCAUGUGAAGACCUACAUAUCACCAUGGGAGAAGGCCAUGAAGGGUGACGAAUGUUUGUUAUCCACUCUAAAAAUGGCAAUGCCUAGCCCCGCUAAGCAAAUGGAACUGCGCAAGUACAAAAGCUUCAACAGGAGUCCCCUGCCCUACGGUGGAUAUGAAAAGGCCAACCAACUCAUGAAAUUCCAGCUGCCAGACACUGUGAAAAUCAAAGUAGUGGUCGAGCCCCCAGUGGUGUACCAGCAAGACAUCAACGUCCGACCUUCCUUCAACCGCACCCCCAUUGGCUGGGUGGGCAGCAGCGAGCCCAGUAGCAUCCACGUGGAGGUGGAUGGCGUGCCCUACGACGGGGAGACCGACGAGCUGUGAAGAGUAGCCACGUUGCUAUUAACUCCCACUGUGCUCAGUCUAACACAUGCAGUACAUGCAAAGAAAACAUGACAGAAUGCAUGCAUACAUGCUGGCAUGCACACUCACCCUAGAGGAGCUGAUUUUACUGAUGGCCCACAUGACAUGUGGCAAUGUUCUUGCUCUGAAAAGCAGAAAAACAAAAUGUACACAUUUUACAGAUUAAACGUGCCUGAUGUACUUUAGAUCAAUGUGUCUGCAUGUCUUGUUGUUGUAGCUAAACUCCUCAAAGUGAGGUUGCAUGCAGAGAUGCAACUGCAGGACACUUAACCUAUUACAGUAUAUUAUCCACAGUUCAUCUU